CAAUCAAUUCUGAGUUUACCCAGUUCUCCAGAGCAGAUGGCCAGCAUCUUUCUGGUCUUCACAACUUCAGUGUAUGAUAUUGGAGGAUGGAGACUGAUUAGAAGGCAAAACAAAGUCAAUAAAGGCAUUACCCUGUUUUUGUGGCUUGGCAUAUGGGGUAAGAUGGCAGUGUGAUAAGAAAUGAAGUUCUUUAAACAGUAUUUUCAAAUGCAUGGGCACAAUCCCUGCAAAACCACACAUCUUCUGUACAAACCAGUGAUUCCACCUCCACCUGCUUGCCAAACACACACAGACAAGGAAACAAGGAGUUGUGUGUUGCCUAUAGCGGACACUGAAGAAGAAUAGUCUUGAUUGGGUGCAUCUUUUGUACACACGCCCAUCAUUGCAAUAUUUUCUCCUCUCCUUUGGAAAAGGUUAGAGCAGACUUCGGUUCAACUCCCGCAACUGAAGCCAACUUCGAUUUUACCAUGUUGGUUUGUUCUAAUUCAACCACACCUGGAGUCUACCAGCGCAGCAAAAAUAAAAUAAACUUAGUUCUGAAAAUUACUGAAUGAGCUUUCACCGUGAAAAAGGAUUCCAGGAUUCGUUCCAAUAAUACUACGGGAAAAAGAAAGACAGACCCUCCAUUGGUCGGUCUCUGAAAACCUCCGCGGCUCACCUACCUGCUCCGAAUAAAAGCAGCGAGCAAGCGGGCAACCCUAACCGCUUUACACGCCCCGUUGGGAAGGGAUGAAAAAGGGUACCCGAGCACCUCAGCCAAUGACAGGCAAGGGAAGGUGGGGCAGCUUUGGCUGCUGGCCAAUGAGAGCGCAGCCUCGGGAUUGCGCCUCCUCUGUCCCGCCAGCUCUCCCCCUCCCCUCCCUAUUUCAGCAGCUGCCAAGCGCUUAAAAGCUUCGCAGAAGAGAAGGAGGAGUUUUCAGCUGCUGUUUUGGUGAGCGGCUCGCUUGCUCAUCGACUCUUCUUCGCGGAGCUGGUGCCGGCGUUCGCCUGCGAAAAGCGAGAGGGGUUUUUGGUGCUGGUUUUUUGUUGUUGUUCGUUUGUUUGGAGGGGACGCGCAAGCGGUCCGGGGUCUUGUCUUUUUUCUGAUGGAGGCUUUCCACCCAAGCAAGCUGGAGAAGCACCACCACCACCAUCAUCACCACCACCAUCAGCCGGUGGAGUUUUUGCAAGGAGGCGGCAGGUACGCGACGAAGAGCCACAGCGCUUACGGGAACGCGUUCAACUCUUGGAACGAUUACCUGGGCUUAGCCACGCUGAUCACCAAAGCGGUGAGCCAAGAAAAGGGCUUUCGGACCGGAUCCUCCUCCGUGGUUGUGGCGGCCACCGUGCAGCAGGUCCCGGCGACCGAGGAAGGCGAGGAGGAGGAGGAAGAAGAAGAAGAGGAGGACGAGGAGGAGGAAGACGACGACGAGGACGACGAAGUGGGAGCCCCUUAUUUCGAGAGCUCCCUGGAUUUGCACGAUUUUGACUUGUGCGGGCACCAUCAUCGCCAUCACCAUCACCUUAGCCCGAGCGAAAACCUGCUGGAGGAGCGUUUCGCCGAUUUUAGCCCCUUCUCCGGCAGAGCCAGCCCGGCUUCGGUGGUGUUCAAUUGCUCCCCUGACCAUCUGGAAAGAGAUCGCUCGCCUCACGCUUGGGGCGGCCGCCUGAUGGUUGACGGCCGGCUGCCCGCACCUCCGAAAAGCGCCUCGAGGCUGCUGAAGCCGGAAUUGCAAGUGUGCGUUUUCUGCCGGAAUAAUAAAGAAGCCGUGGCCCUCUACACCACGCACAUCCUUAAGGGACCCGACGGCAGAGUCUUGUGCCCGGUGCUGAGGCGAUACACUUGCCCUCUCUGUGGAGCCAGUGGGGACAACGCGCACACCAUCAAGUAUUGCCCCUUGUCUAAAAUGCACGGCAGCGCCCCCAAACAACCGCUUAAAAACGCCCGGCAUAUCCUGGGCAAGAAGCUCCGCUAGGGGGCGUUUGUCGAGCCUUGGCCGCGUCAGUGUUUGUGUGGAGACCAGGACUGCGGAUCAAAAACAUUGGAUCAAGGAAAGAAAACAAAAAAAAAAAAAUCCACUACGAUUUCAUUUUUUCAUUUUAUUUUAUUAUUUUCCUGCUCUCUUGCCCGCGUAUGCCCUCUACAGGGAUAUAAAGAAAAAGGCAUUUCCUUUUUUGGUUUGUUUGUUUUUAACACCAAUUGUAAUCAAAUGAUGUUUCUUAAUAUAUUUAAAUAUGAAGACGUAGAAUGUACAGAGAUGUUCUUGAUUUAUGUAUCAAAUAACUGAGUAUAGUUUCUAGUUUGUAUAUGUAGUAGCCAGGGAGCCUGGCCUCUGAAAUUAACUCUUAAGAAUUAUAACAUACCGUUUAGACAGGUAUUGUAUUUGUUUAUUGUGAAACUUGCCUGAUUUUUAAAUGGGACUAAGGAUAUCUCUUAGGCAUAUAUGCUCCAUUUGCUGUAGCUUUGUUUAAUAUUCUUGGCUGGAAAGGGAGCACUUUUGAAUAAACAAAAUACUGUCUUUAAACGAGGCAGCGUAAUAUAACUUUAAGUAAUAUGUAUGAAUCAAAUAAUUUUUAAAGAGCUGUUUGGCUGGUCCUACAAUGGUUAUAAAGCAAGGUUGGAAAGGUCAUUUAUUAAAUGUGUUGAAUUGGCAUUUGCUUCCUUUGCUGUCUUCAUUGUCUUCAAGCAAUAUUUUGAUUAUUUUUUUAAAAAGGCUGCACUUUAUGUAUGCUUUAUGUGUGUGUGUAUGUAUAUACAUACACACACACACACACACACACACACACA